CACGGCUGCCUCAGAGAGUGGAGAGCGAGCGAGCUGGGCAGAGCCGAGCAGUUGGGAGGGAAGGACCGGUGCGAGUCAGGUAGCCCCCGAGGCUCCGCUCGCCCCACCUUCCACUCUCCCUUUCUCUCUCUCUUCGCCUCUUCCUCCCCCCGUUGAGCCAAAGGAAGGAGGUAAAGGGAACCCCCCUUCCAAAAAUAAAAUAAAACUUCCACAGUCGGGCCCGAGGGGUCACCGUGGCCAUGGAGCUGCUGUGCUGCGAGGUGGACCCGGUCCGCAGGGCCGUCCCGGACCGCAACCUGCUGGAAGACCGCGUCCUGCAGAACCUGCUGACCGUCGAGGAGCGCUACCUCCCGCAGUGCUCCUACUUCAAGUGCGUGCAGAAGGACAUCCAGCCGUACAUGCGCAGGAUGGUGGCCACCUGGAUGCUGGAGGUCUGUGAGGAACAGAAGUGUGAAGAGGAAGUCUUUCCUUUGGCCAUGAAUUACCUGGACCGUUUCUUGGCUGGAGUCCCGACCCCGAAGACCCAUCUCCAGCUGCUGGGCGCUGUGUGCAUGUUCCUAGCCUCCAAGCUCAAAGAGACCAUCCCACUGACCGCCGAGAAGCUGUGCAUUUACACCGACAACUCUGUGAAGCCCCAGGAGCUGCUGGAGUGGGAGCUGGUGGUGCUGGGUAAGCUGAAGUGGAACCUGGCUGCAGUCACCCCUCACGACUUCAUCGAGCACAUCCUGCGCAAGCUGCCCCAGCAAAAGGAGAAGCUGUCCCUGAUCCGCAAGCACGCGCAGACCUUUAUCGCUCUGUGUGCCACCGACUUCAAGUUUGCCAUGUACCCGCCGUCGAUGAUCGCAACUGGAAGUGUGGGAGCAGCCAUCUGCGGGCUUCAGCAGGAUGAAGAAGUAAGCACACUCACGUGCGAUGCCUUGACCGAGCUGCUGGCCAAGAUCACCCACACUGAUGUGGAUUGUCUCAAAGCGUGCCAGGAGCAAAUUGAGGCUGUGCUGCUCAACAGCCUGCAGCAGUUCCGUCAAGAGCAGCAUAACGGAUCCAAGUCUGUGGAAGAUCUGGACCAAGCCACCACCCCUACAGACGUGAGGGAUGUUGACCUGUGAGGAUGCCGUUUCCGGCCGGCACGAGAGAGGCGUGUUCGUCAUCCGCUCGCUCCUUCUCUCUCUAGUUACAUUUUGUUCUUUGUGUUUUAGGAUGAAACUUCAAAAAACAAACAAAACAAACAAAAAAAAUCUGUCCCCACCUAGAUCAUAUUUAAAGAUCUUUUAGAAGUGAGAGGGAAAGGCCCUAUGAUUGAAACGCAUGUGGUGCCUGUUCAAAGUACAACAUAAGGGAAUCCCUUGUAUAUGCGAACGGUUACUGUCUGAUGAUGUCAAAGUCAUAGUGAGAGGCUCACAGGAGAACCUGCAGACUAGCUAGAGAAUAUGUAUACCUGCAAUGUGGGAACAAAUUAGAGGAGACUGUCUUUUGUGCUUGUGAACUAGAGCAUAUGCCCCUUUUAGUAGACUUGCAAGGAACUGUGGGUGCCAGCAUGGCCUGAGUAGUUUGCAAAGCAGUGAACCCAAGAAGGAAUCAGAAACAAGGGACACGCUGGGGAGGUUGCCCAGAACCACCUGUCCACAGGACUGAACCAUUUUGGAUGUAAGAAGCGCCUUGAUGCCUCACCACUUAUUACCAAGACUGAGUGUGGUGAGGCCUCUACGUUACGUACGUACUCUUGCUGACUGCAGUAGCUGCUACCUAAGGGAAUUGUCUUUUGCCAGUUUGGACACAGGUGAUCGGCCCCUAAGUCUCAUGUUUGGUGAGUUUGUGCUUCUUCUUCCAAACAUGGUUCACUGUAGAUGUAUCUUGCUGUUAUCUGAUGGAGGGAAUUAGCUAUGGGCUAUGACCAAAGCUCAUCUAAAUGGGCACAGAUGGAGGCCACAAAUGGAACCUGAAACAGAACUUCCCCAUGUAACGAAAGAGGGCGUGGUGAUUGUUUAUCCCUUAUAAGGAAAAAAAAAAAAAAACAAACCCUUAACUUUUGGUGCUGAUUGGCAUGCCUGGUCUACAGUUUAACGUCGUUAUAAACCAUUCCAUUAGAAAAGCACUUUGAAAAAUUGUUCCUGGGGACAGGGGUAGAUGGGAUGGUUUAUACAAAUCAUGUUGAAUACUCCUUCCUUUGCCCCUCCCCUUCCUGUUCCCUUCUGGUUGCUAUUCAUUUCUGGCAUCUAAUGUUCCGGUACCUAGCUCUGGUGUCCAUAUCAGGAGUGAGAGAGCCCUCUGCUGACAUUCCCAUCCCAUCAUUCCUCGGAAAAGCUUAUAAACAAAGGUCUAAAACCAUUCUGAUGAUAUGAAAGGAUUGAAUCCCCAUCUAUAUUUUUCUCCUUUGGACAUGGAAAAAAAAGUUACUUCUGGUGCAGAGACGGAUGGUUGAACAUCAGGGUGUGGCAUUUUGUUCCUUUUUCCGUUUUGUUUGUUUGUUGUUUGUUAAUUUUAGUGCAAAGUUGUAUUCAUCGUACUUGAAUAUUUCCUCUCCCACUUCUUUGAGACAGUCAGUAAACAGAAGUUGGAGCCACAGUUGUUGGGUUUUUUUGGCUUUUUUUUUUUGUUUGCACAAUUAUAAUUGACAGGUAAUGAAGCUAUUUGUUAAAAUAUUUGCCUUUUUUUUUUUUUAAAGAGAAAAGAUCAGAAAGGGCUGCUUUGAAGAAUUAUAUCAUAUACAGGUUCUGCCUUGUUUCACAGUAUAAGGAUUGAAGAUGGAGAAACAUCUAAGGGUCUCUUAUCUUUCAUUUUCUUUUGUUCUGUUUAUUAUUAUUUUUCGCUGCUAAGAAGCUAAGAUCAUCCAUCCCUAUUCACAUUAACAGUAUCUAGCUGUAAUGUUUCACGGUGUGCUGCUAUUUUAGAAACAUUGUUAUAAUAUAUUAUUUUACUGCUUAAAUUUCAAGUCCGGAAGUAGAUGGUUAAGAUAUGAGUUCUUUGUACUGGAAAAGCUUUUCCUCCAUUCGUUUUCUUCUGGUAGCGUAUUGAUGGGUUGUAUUUCAUUUUGUUUUGUGCCUUUUCUCUCAUGGUUCUUCAUUUCCAGGUUUGGUUUUGUUUUGUUUCGUUUCCUCUGAUCACAUUCUUCAAAGAGAGUAUUCUUUACCUCAGGUUUACUGGACAAAAAUCAAUAAUGAUAACAAUGUUCAUUUUUGUUUUCAUAAUACCUCACAGCUAUACAGUUUCUGUUUGGAAGGCCGCUAGCAUGAGGCACAGGGCAAGCAGAAGAUGGGUGCUGGGCAUCCUCCUAGGUAGAAAGCAGGAGAGAUCUGACCUCACGGUCUCAGGCCCUGGGGUCUUUUCUGUCUCGAAGGUCACCAGGCUCCCCUUUGACUCAGGCACCCUCCUCGUGAGAAAAGAGCACCCUGAAGGGCUCCUCCUUGACACAAGGCAGACACUCAGCAACACAGUGGACUAGGUCAGCCUGAUUGGCAUGCCAGCACCAGAAUCAGCAGUCAAGAAUUCUGGCAGGCAGUUAGGAGACCCUCCCCAACCUUGUAGCCCAUUCAGAAACGGGGCUUUUUUUUUUUUCCUGCAUGGGGUCCCUUCAUCAUGAACCUGGACCAGUUUCCCUCUCCCAGCUUAGGAUGGGGUCUUCCUAGGACUGAGUCUAUGGGUACUGAAUGUGCAGCCCCCAUUUGCGGUAUUCCCCUUUCUCCCUCCUGUCCUCGACAGGGCUGGCAAGUGCUGUGCAGGGCCAGGGUGUCUGUGUGCGGUGCUGAGUGGCUUCAGGUUUUGGAUCCUAUUGAGUGGACGAGAUAGGAAGCACAGUUUGAAUGAGUCUGGGAUGCAAGUUGAAUGGAAGGGAGAGGCCGUUUCUAUGGUCUCAAGUGUGCUUAGGAGGGAUUGGGACUUGGUUGAGUUCGCAUGACCCUAAAAUUCUAGGGAGUUGGUGGUGGAACCGUGGGUGAUGAAUUGGGAUGUUUGAUAGGGGGAAACGGAGCAGCCUGCGGCUAGCCAGUGUUUAUCCAGAGCAUGCAGUGCACACUCCUGGUCUUUAAGGGGUCCCGCAGAGCCUGAUAGAUAGUCCCUUGAGUUCUUGGAGUGCCCGAUGAGUGACCUUUGAGCUUAACGGAAACAUUGAAUGAAGGAAGCUGACACACAAGGGGAGAAGCAGCUUAUAGUCUGCCCCUCCAUUCUUAUCUGGAACCUAGAAGACACUUCCUGUUGGCCAUCCGUGGAGUCUGAUGUAAAGAAUGGUAGAGAGUGGCUCUUCUGUCUGUUCCUUGCUUACAGAAAGGGGCCUGGAUUCCUUGGUGACCAAUACCCUCUGCUUAGAUCUAGGUCUCCUUGGCAGUAUUUUAGUCCCAGAGGGGUAUAAUUGUCCCCAUGCAUUUCAGCUUGCUCCCCCACUCCCUUCAUAUUCUUCAAAAGGGAUUGCAGAUUCUGGUCUUUUUCUGCCUUGUUAAUGAUCUCUUCUUUGUUUUCUUCUUUGUCAUUGUUGUUUGUUUGGUUUGUUUGUUUUUUUUUUUCUUUUCCUUCAUCAGUGGGGGCUAAGUUGUUCCCCCAGCCUGCCAAAUUUUGAUCCUUCCCCGUUUUGACCAAAUCCUAGGGAGAAGAAACCCUAGUAUGCCAAAAAUAAUAUACGUAAGCAUAAGGAGAUUCACAGUGGUUCCUAAUAGCCAGGCAGCCUGUGAGUGGGGAGCUCCUUCUAGAAGGGACAGCUUUUAGAGGCUGCUUUGGUUUGAACUGUCCCCCAGGACACCAGGGAAGAGCAGGGCAUGUCUUGUAGGCAGCUAGCCUUAAGUUAUGUGCCUACCACGACGGACUCCUCUAGUAGCCAGGCUGGGGAUACCUGUAGCACCCCUGGAUCCCAUCUUGUUGCUAGCAGGGUCUAGCUCUCUUUGUGAACCCACCACACUGUGCCUUGAAAGCUGUAGCGCCAACAGGCUAAGAUGGGAUAGCUUUCACAAAGAGGGCUUGUCUCCACAGAGUAUGGGGUCUGGGCUGGGAGGACCACACUUGUACCUUAUUUACCGUACAUACUGAUUUUCUUGUUCGGGAGGGGGUCCUGGUGGUGCGGGAACCAGAGGUAGCAAUAAGAAGUCUAAGCAAGCCGGCUGACUCCUAAGCCCAAAGGAUUCCCCUUUGCUGACCUUAGACAGUCCGACCUUGGAAAUAGCUUUAAAAGGGAAACUAAUACUGAGAUAGUGAAGUCCCCUUAAGCCAACUAGCCCUCCACAGGCACACACUGCACACAGGCUUGUAUCAGUGCAGCCGCUUGGGGGAUGUUAACAGCUGCAGCUCUUUCAUCCAUGUGUACAAAAUAGGGUAGGAAGCCCCAGGGGGUGUUAUACUUCCUUACCCCAUGUGGCUUUUGAGGAUUCUAGAUUCCAGACUGCAUACAAGAGUCGCUUGAGUCAGGACAUGUGACACUCUGCUUUCCAAACUGGCUGGGCUAUGAGCCCCAUUCCCGGUUCUAGUAAAGCCAUCAACACAUACACGCACUUGAUGGAGCUGCAGAUCUGUUCCUUUGCCUGCAGCACACUUGUGGGGAAAAAGUGCCUUACUGACUGUAGCCGUUACAGUAGCCACUCGAUUUCGACAGGUGCCUAUGUUUGACAAGAAAAAAAAAAAAAAGAAAAAAAAAAACGUUUAAAAAAUCUCUUAAUUUUUAUUGGCUGUCAUUCUCGUGCUGAUCAUCUUGUAUGUCCCCAGCAAGUCACCGGGCCAUUGAACUGUCUCCAUUAUGUUUGUUAUCCUUCUGCCAUGUACCUCAGAUCUGUCAGUUAUGAUCUCUUGUCUUGGAUUAUUUUUUUCUUUCUUUCUUUCUUUCUUUUUUUUUUUUUUAAUUUGCUUUAAGAGUGCGAUGCCAUAUCAAAUCAAUGUUAUUCUCUCACAGUGUACUCUAUAACAGGUGUGGGUGGGUUUUAUGGUUGGGAUGCUAGAUAAUGCUGAAGUAGCAUGAUCAGUGUGAACAAGAAAAAAAAAGGUCUUUAGGAAAUCUGGGGGGGAAGCGCAUUGUAUUGACUACAAUGGUGAUUUGACGUAGCUGUUAAGUUUUAAGUGAUCUUUAAAAGGCAUAACUUGUUCUUCUGACUAGUUUGAAGUCGGAUUUGAAGAUGGAGUUGAAAGUGAUUUUGAAUGCAAUUAGGUUAUGUUAUUUGAGCAAUAAACUCAACCUUGACCUACAA